AUGACGAGCAACAACAACCUGACUCCCUCCUAUUUUCAGUUCACUGUGUUUGCAGACUAUGUCAGAUAUCUUUUCUUCAGUCUCUCUCUGUUGAUCUACGUGACUAUAAUCUCUGCUAAUCUUGUCAUUGUUCUGUCAGUCUGCCUGGAGACCUCUCUGCAUCAGCCCAUGUAUGUUUUCAUCUGCUGUCUGUGUUUAAACUCUUUGUACGGUUCGACCGGCUUCUUCCCCAGGUUCCUGAUGGACCUUCUGUCUGACACUCAUUUCAUCUCAUGUCCGUUUUGUUUCAUUCAAAUGUACAUUACUAACACCUGUUUAGGGCAUGAAUUGUCUCUCCUCACUGUCAUGGCCUAUGAUAGGUUUGUUGCUAUUUGCCAGGCUUUACAUUAUCACCGUAAAAUGACAUUUAGGACAGUGCUGCUGCUUUUGAUUCUUGCUGUGCUGUACCCUGCGUGGGCUUUUGGCUACUUUUUCUAUCAGGCCAUCAUUUUGCCUUUGUGUGGAAAUCAACUGCACAAGAUUUUUUGCACCACAUGGUCUAUAAUUAAUCUCUCCUGUGUGGACACAACUGUGAUUAGUAUAGUAGGUCAGUUUGUUGCCAUGAUAUCAAUCUUCAUCCCCCUGUCCUUUGUCCUGUACACCUACCUGCGCAUUCUGCUUGUCUGUAGGAGAAGUUCAUCCGAAUUCAGAGGAAAGGCCUUACAGACCUGCCUGCCCCACAUAGUGACUUUUGGAAACUACUGCAUUUCUCUGCUUUGUGAGUUUUCACUGACUAUGUAUAAUGUUGAUGAAGUAAAUACAUUUUCUGUUGUUUUAUCUCUGGAGUUUUGGAUCAUUCCUCCCAUCAUUAACCCUCUAGUUUAUGGCCUGAAUCUGCCUCAAAUCAGAGGAGUGAUUUCUGGACUUCUUAAUGUAGGAAAAAGGCUUCGUCCUGUGUAA